AUGGGCAACCCAGAAGAGAUGAAGGAAUACGAGGCGGUCGGUGAAGAGGAGACGCUCGUCCGUGUUGCACGCUCCUGGAGCUCACUUUCUCCGUGGAAAGCUUCCGACCGGCGAGCAACUUUGUUCAAGAUGCAGGGACUUUCAGCAACUGCUGGCACCAAGGACACCAGAGACCUCCCUGCCGGCCCCCUACAGUACCAGUAUGGGUCAGCGGAUUACCCGUGUUCUCCACAGCUGCUAAAAAAAGGAUCAUGUCACGAGAAGCCCGCCAUCAAGCCACGGCCCCAGCCGUCCACGUCCCCCAGACCGCCAGCUGCACAGAAACCUCAAGUGCCCCCUAAACCGGCGCACCUGCUCGCUCUCGGGCAAGACAAGAAACCCAAGAGGAUCCCGCCGGCGCCCUGCAGGCCUCUCCCAGCACCCCCGCCUCCACCGAAACCCAAACCCAGUGUUGUGCCCCCUGCAGUGGGUGCAGAGCCGCAGAGGGAAAUCCAGAAAGUGGGGCUGCUAAUCGAGAGGUUUGAAAAUUCAAGGGUCCCCAUCUUGGGGGCACUCCCCCGCUCCCAGCUGCACCUGUGUCUUAGAAUGGACACUGCAUGUGACAUCACUUCCUCCUGUGACCAGGACACCACGGCGAAGAUAGCCAGAGACGCCGCCGCUUUGAACAAACUUGCAACCUUCCCCUCUGUAGGAGCUGACGAUGUGCCCGAACUAUCCUGUCUGUCGUCCAUGCAAAUGGACGGCUCUGAUGACACCCCGUUGGACUUGGAGGUGGACAUAACGCACGGUGAUGGUUGCCUUGAUGAUGGGGAGCGGGAUGAAGGCUCCUCGCACGGGUUUCUAGACAAUCCAGACACCUCAGAGCAGAUAAAGAUUCCUAAUCGGGACAGCGGCAUCGACAGUCCGUCGUGUGCCGCAGAAGGAGAGGCGUUUCCCAAUGAGGACGCCAUUGAUGAGGAGGAUCAUUACGACAGUGUUACGGAAACGGAGAGUGUUUCUUGUUGUGUUACCCUAAGCAACAAACGGGAUUCAACUCAGGAUGAGGACAGUGACUUGGAUGAGGGCAGCGGUGGCGAGAUCAACUCUCUAACAGACACACAAACCGGAUAUCUGACAGAUGCACACACAGAGGCACAAAAAUGCUCAGAGGCGCAGAGGUUGCUGAACAUUGCCAAAGAACUUCUCCACACUGAAGAGGCCUACGUCAAGAGGCUCAACCUCCUCGACCAGGUAUUUUGCACUAAUCUCACCGAGGCCGGAAUCCCUCAGGAUGUCAUUACAGGGAUCUUCUCUAACAUCUCCUCCAUCUACUGCUUCCACGACAAGUUCCUGCUCCCAGAGCUCAAGGCGCGCAUCACUGGAGAAUGGAACUCCAACCCUCGUAUUGGGGACAUCCUCCAGAAACUGGCACCUUUCAUGAAGAUGUAUGGAGAGUAUGUGAAAAACUUUGACCGAGCGAUGGACUUGGUCAACACCUGGACGCAACGGUCUUCACAGUUCAAGAGCGUUGUCCAAAAUAUACAGAAACAGGACGUGUGCGGCAACUUGACGUUGCAGCACCACAUGCUGGAACCAGUCCAGAGGAUUCCUCGCUACGAGCUCUUGCUUAAAGACUACCUGAAGAAGCUGCCCGAUGAUGCUCUCGACCAAAAGGAUGCAGAAAAGGCAUUGGAGUUAAUAUCUACCGCAGCUAAUCACUCCAACGCAGCAAUCAAGAAAAUGGAGAAGAUGCACAAACUGCUUGAGGUUUACGAGAGGCUGGGAGGGGAGGAGGACAUUGUGAACCCAGCCAAUGAGCUUAUCAAGGAAGGACAUAUCAAGAAGAUGUCAGCCAAAAAUGGAACAGCACAAGACAGAUACCUCUAUUUGUUUAACAACAUGGUGCUCUACUGUGUGCCUAAACUCAGACUGAUGGGGCAGAAGUUCAGCGUCAGGGAGAGAAUUGACAUUGCUGGCAUGGAGGUGCAGGAGAACGUGAAGCAGAACCUUCCUCACACGUUUGCCAUUAUUGGCAAACAACGUUCACUGGAACUUCAAGCCAGGACAGCCGAGGAGAAAGAAGAUUGGAUUCAGGUCAUCCAGGCCACUAUCGAUCGGCACAAGCAAAACAGUGAGACUUUCAAUAAAGCCUUCAACAGCUCCCUCUCGCGGGAGGACGACCAUGGCCCCGAAUCACCGGGUCCUUGGUCCAACACAUCCAUCGACUCAGAUAGCGAAAGACUGCAUGAAAGGAAGAGUUCGAGAAAAAAAGACAAAGAGAAGCAGACAUGUAAAGGAUGCAAUGAGAGUUUCAAUUUCACCAAGCGCAAGCACCACUGCAAGUCCUGUGGAGGGGCCAUAUGUGCAAAGUGUUCAAAAACCUUGGACAACAAAACAAGUCGAGUGUGCCCCGAGUGUUUUGAGGCGAGCCUGAGUCUGGAGAAUCUUGGUGGUGGUGAACAGAAGAGGAAAGCAGCGCCUGAGAGACAAGCAUCGUUAACAGGGGAGAACUGCCUCUUGUGUGGCCACCUCCAUGUGCAGGAGAAAGGAAAGAGUUGGACCAAGAUGUGGGUGGUUGUCACCAAGGCUGAGCCACUGGUGCUGUACAUGCAAAGUAGUGGGCAGGACCUGAAGGGGGCACGAGCUGUUCCGCUGCCUGGGUUUGAGGUGACUACGCUGUUGCCGUCCACGAGCGAAAGGCCAGAGGUCAAACACGCAAUCCGGCUCAGUCACAGUCAGCAAACUGUGCUCCUAAGUGUCCAAGAUGCGGAACUCCAGGCCAAGUGGGUGGACCUCCUCUUAAAAGCAGCUCGUGGGGAAACUGCCGCGGAUGCUUCAGCAAAUCUGACUGAACACACGAAGAGCCAGUAGUGGACACCCCCUCCUUCCCGUACCUCCCCCACCCUGUGCCCUGUGUAUAGAGCACACGUUACUUGAAUUCGCUUACCUUGGCACUUUUUGUUUCUUGGAGAGGACCACGCAGUCCUUCCUAUACACCACUUCAGCCUCAUCCUUACUCACACCUCUUCCUCGCCACAAAGCCACAAUAGCCUCUGAAUGCGGCGUUGUGAUAGUUUGUUCCUCUCCACAACCUAAGAGGAUCUUUUGAUGGACUCAUGUUUUAUUUGUAUUAUAGCUUAAGAUUCCCACAUGGUUUUAAUGAAUAGUUUCCUUGUACAUUAUCACAUUAAGUCUUUGUGUUUUUUCCAUUAUGUGAAAGUGUGUGUGUGCGUGUGUGUGUGUGUGAGCCUCUGCUCCUUCCUGUGUAUAUGAAGUAUUUGAAUAUUUGUGUCAUGAAAAUCCGCCACUUCCCUGCCGUUGCUGGGGCAGAGUAGCAAUGAGUUCAGUGGGUGUUUUUGUACAGUAUGUAAACUAUAGUGUGAUGUAAGGAAAAGCAACAAAAGUACAUUUUAAGUCAAAAGACACUGAGGUGUGUACACUUGUGGCUGGCCACCUGAUGCUCAGCUCCUGCCAGCUCCUGUUUGACAAACUCCAUCACUAUAUUUCUCUCUCCAAUACAGUAUUUAAUUCCUGUUAUGGCUAUAUAAGUAAAAGUUCUCUCAUUCAUAUUUCUAUCCUUACAUUAUUUAGCCUCAUCAUCAAGAGAGCCAUAAAUGAGCCUGACCCCUGAGUAUCUCCAGUUGUACACAUGCUAAAUAUUUCAUUUUUGUGUGUGUUUCUCUCUGAGCAUAGCAACACUUGGCCUUCUCCUCACUCUUUGGUGAUGUGACGGAGAUGAAGUACUGUACUGUCACUUCCUUAUGCCUUUCCCUCUGUACCCUGCUCCUAUAAGCAGCAGCCUUUAACAAAAAAGUAGCAAAAAUGAAAAUGUUGGAUCUCAUCUUGCAUGUUAAGUCACCCAUAAAUCAGUAACGCAUAUCAUCAAUAAACGGACAAUGUGGUAAAUGAAGUACAGU